AUGCGCAGCUCGGUCCAUCGGACGGAUCCACUCCGCAAGUCGAAGGCGGUGGCCAAGAUGCCGGACCUUCGCGUGCCACUCCCUCGUCUCGCAACGGCGCAGGCGCCGGUCGCGGUGGCAAGCGAUCGCAGGGUCGAAGGGGCGGAAAGGCUGAACGGCGCUCCAAAGCCCUCGGCAUCGAGCCGGCGCAAGCAGUUUGGCGGCCAGCUGACUGGAGUCGCAGAUGUCGAUGGAGAGGAGGCAAGCGAUGCCCCUGCUGGCGCUGGCCCCUCUGGCGGUAAGGACAAGGCUGCUGCCAAUGGCAGCAAAUCCGUCCGCAGGGUCAAGGCCAAAGCCAUCCCCACAGCGACGCCCGCCGGCGAACACGUCGAGUAUGCCGACCUCCGAUCUCGUUUGUUGGCAGAGUUGGCGUCCGGCCAGUACGACUGCGUCGUCUGCUACUCGACCGCCACCACCAAGCAGGCCGUCUGGUCGUGCUCGCAGUGCUACACGGUGCUCCACCUCGGAUGCGUCCGCAAAUGGGCCGAGGCCAGCGUCAAGAAGGCCGAGGAGCAGAACGCGAUGCAAGAGGACCGCGCCAUGAGGGACAAGCGCGGCACCUGGAGAUGCCCCGGAUGCCAGUACGCCCGCGAGGACGUGCCCAAGGUGUACUGGUGCUGGUGCGGCAGGAUCCAGGACCCCACGGGCGGUCGCGGCGCCAACCCGCACGGCUGCGGUCAGCGCUGCAACCGCGGAAAGUGCGACCACGGCUGCCCCGACCAGUGCCAUCCCGGGCCUUGCCCCCCGUGCGCCGUCACGGUGUCGCAGCGCUGUUUCUGCGGUUCCCGCGACAUCCCCAUGCGCUGCUCGCAGACGUCGUCUCGCGGCCCGUCUCUGUCGGCCGUCGCCGAAAAGGGCAUCACCUGCGGCGACACUUGCGGCAGGAAGCUCGACUGCGGCGUGCACACCUGCGAAAAGACCUGCCACCCCGGGUCGUGUGACCCUUGCAGCGUGCAGCUCGACGCCAGCUGCUACUGCGGCAAGGACACCAAGCAGAUGCGCUGCGGAGACGCCACCUGCCACCUGGGAUCCUGCCCGCCCUGCAGCGAGCCCGUGGCGGUCCCCUGCCGCUGCGGCGAGACCAAACAGACCCGACCCUGCUUCGAAAGGCAGCGCGAGGAGUCCGAGGGCAAGCAGGAGCUCCUCUGCGACACCGUCUGCAAGGCGAUGCGACACUGUGGCAAGCACCGCUGCGGCGGCAGGUGCUGCCCCCUUUUCUUUCAGUCCAAGGGCGGCAGGCGCCCCCCGCAGGCGGUGCUGCAGGCUGGUGACCCCGCUGGCUUCCACGACUGCUCGAUCCCGUGCGUCAAGCCGCUGGCGUGCGGCAAGCACGACUGCCCCAUGACCUGUCACCGAGGAUCCUGUCCGCCGUGCCUGCAGGCCACCUUCGAAGACGUCGCCUGCCACUGCGGUCGCACCAUCCUGGAGCCGCCCGUGCCCUGCGGGGCCAAGGUCAUCUGCAACUUCCCCUGCGCUCGGCCGCCACCGCCGUGCGGCCACCCCGCGAUGCCGCACAACUGCCACGACGACGAUGAGGCCUGCCCGCCCUGCGUCUACCUCACGGACAAGGUCUGCCAUUGCCAGAAGAACAUUGUCAAGCACGUCCCUUGCAGCCGAACCAGGAUCUCUUGCGGCCAAGCAUGCGAAGCCCUCUUGAACUGCGGAUACCACCGGUGCCAGGGCAUCUGCCACGUCGCGCCGGACGAGUGCGCGCCCUGCUCGCAGGUGUGCGGCAAGCCUCGCAAGCUCUGCCAGCACCCGUGCAAGGAGAAGUGCCACGCCCCCUCGUCGUGCCCCGAGACGGAUCCGUGCGAGGCCAUCGUCACGCUUCAGUGCGCCUGCGGCAACCUCCAGUCGCGGGCCAAGUGCGGCGUCUCGAUCCACAACCCUACCAAGGAGAAGACGCUCAAGUGCAACGACUCGUGCAUCAUCGCUGAGCGCAACGCCAAGCUGGCCGAGGCGCUCGGCCUGAAUCCCGCCGAAAAGGCAGCACCCGCCGCGUAUGAGCACGAGACACUGCAGUUCUACUCUGUGCCCGCCAACCGCAAGUUCUGCGAAGAGGUCGAAGCGACGCUCAACGAUUUUAUCCGCUCGCCCCGCGCCGGCAUGAUCCUGCCGCCGGCCAACAAGCUGCAGCGCAAGUUUACCCACGAGCUCGCCGCCGUCUACAAGCUUGCCACCGAGAGCCUCGACUCGGAGCCCCGUCGAAGCGUCAGCGUCCGGAGGAAGCAGGAUAGCCGCAUCCCGAAGCCGCUCAUCUCCGAGGCCUUUGCUGCCGCCAAGGCCACGUUGAUGGCCACGCAGAUGUCGGGCAGCAAGGGAUCUGGCGGUCUGGCUCAGCUACGACGCCCGGGCACCGAGGCUCCCAAGCCCCUCAAUGCCGUCUUCCUGCCGGGCGUCUUUGGCCACGAUCAGGACUCGCUGCGCAGCCUGCUGCAGCCCGUGCUCAAGAACAUUGCCUUCAGCGUCACCUGGAAGGGCGAUGAGGACGUCCUGGUCACCUCGACCGACUCGCCGACGCGGCUCAUCAUGAUGAAGACGGAGCUCAAGGCGCUGGUCCGACGCGAGAGGUUCGCGCGCGACGUUGUCCUCUGCGCCGCCGACUCGACGGGCCGCAUCCUACGCAAGGAGGACGAGCCGGCGCUGGGCGUCGCAGCCGACGCAUGGGGAGGGCCCACCGCGGCCAACGCCGGUGCGGCUGGCCCGACGGCCGCGCGGGUGAUCCCGAACCCGAACGCGCCACAGAGGUCAACGGGCGCUCCGCAGCCGCCGCAGCAGCCAAUGUCGCAGCCCGCAUCGGCUGCACAGUCGCCCAAGAUGCCAGAAUCUGCCAUCCCCGAGAGCUGGGAAGACGACGACGACGAGUAA